AUGGCUAGUAGUAAUGUCACAACUUCAAAUGUUGGUUUCACAAAACCGGUAAAUGUCAUUGUCGGACUGGUGUUUCUCUUGACCGCUGCAGUUGGCAUACUUUUCAAUGGAUGCAUAAUAAUUGUAUUCUUAAAAAAACGUCAAAAAUUGCUGAAUCCGACCACGUGUUUUAUCCUGGCGUUAACAUGCUUGGACUUUUUCAUGUCUCUCGUCAAUAUGCCCAUGGUGAUUGUAUCUAGUUUUCUUGGGGACUGGGCGUUUGGGAUCCCAGGAUGCAUCUUUUACGGAUUUACAAUGACAUUUACUGGCCUAACUAUUAUUGCUAUACUGACCAUGAUAUCAUUUGACCAGUACAUCGUCAUGGUGAAAUCACACCUGAAAUGUAAGAGAACGAUACGUAUUGCGAUUCUGGCUUGUCUGAUGUGUUUCUUGUGGGGUCUAUCAUGGGCUGUUGGUCCUCUAGUUGGCUGGAAUUCGUAUGUGUUUACCAUUGAAGCUGUACAUACUUCUUGUGCCGUGAACUGGAACAGCAAGAAGGUCAGUGAUCUCCUCUUCACAAUGUCGUUGUUGGUGUUCUGCUUUUUGCUGCCGUUUUCCUUCGUUUCCUUCUUCUACGUCAACAUCUAUUUGAAGGUGAAGAGGUCACCCCGUAUCAACACGAAGUCAUCAAAUAAAAAACGACAAGAACGCCGGCAAAAAUACAUCGCCAAGACUAUAUUCUUCAUGCUUGGUGCUUUUUUACUGUCAUGGUGUCCGUAUGCCAUUGUGGUGAUAUGGUCAGCUAUCGGAGACUCCAGAGACCUUCCGAAUCUGGUAGUAAUAUUACCGGCAUUAUUCGCUAAAAUCAGUGUCAUUUGGAACCCACUUAUCUACGCAUUCCGUAACCGCGAACUGAAAAAUUCGUGGAAAGCCAUCUUUCAUUCAGAUCGGGAAACGGAAGCAGAGCCCACAUGA